CGCGUCGCUCCGGUCGCUGCGAGGAUGUUCGAGGCGCGGCUGGUGCAGGGCUCGGUGCUGAAGCGGGUCCUGGAGGCCCUCAAGGACCUCAUCACCGAGGCCUGCUGGGACCUGGGCUCGGGCGGCAUCAGCCUGCAGAGCAUGGACUCCUCGCACGUCUCCCUGGUGCAGCUCACGCUGCGCUCCGAGGGCUUCGACACCUACCGCUGCGACCGCAACAUCGCCAUGGGCGUCAACCUCGCCAGCAUGUCCAAAAUCCUCAAGUGUGCUGGAAACGAAGACAUCAUCACUCUGAGAGCCGAGGACAACGCGGAUACACUGGCUUUGGUGUUUGAAGCGCCAAAUCAAGAGAAAGUCUCUGAUUAUGAGAUGAAGCUAAUGGAUCUGGAUGUGGAGCAGCUUGGAAUUCCAGAGCAGGAGUACAGCUGCGUGGUGAAGAUGCCUUCUGCCGAGUUCGCCCGCAUCUGCCGGGACCUCAGCCACAUCGGCGACGCCGUCGUCAUCUCCUGCGCCAAGGACGGCGUCAAGUUCUCGGCUAACGGAGAGCUUGGCAAUGGCAACAUCAAGUUGUCCCAGACCAGCGACGUGGAUAAAGAGGAGGAAGCUGUGACAAUAGAGAUGAAUGAGCCUGUCCAAUUAACCUUUGCUUUGAGGUACCUGAACUUCUUUACCAAAGCAACUCCCCUGUCACCUACAGUAACACUCAGCAUGUCUGCAGAUGUUCCCCUUGUUGUGGAGUACAAGAUUGCCGAUAUGGGACACUUAAAAUACUAUCUGGCUCCAAAGAUUGAAGAUCAGCAAGAAGGCUCUUAAAUGGACUAGGACUGAGGAAAUCUCAGCUCUUUGGGGAAGACAAC